AUGCACAGAAGAAGAGAUGUUGGGAUUGAUUUCACAAAAAAGAAAAUCACUAAUACAAAUAUGCUCAAACAAUUAGUUAAGUAUAUAAAAGCACAAAAGUUUCUUGGUAGUGACGUUAAGUCUUUAAUAUACCAAGACAACGGAUUAACUGACAUUUGUGCUUUUAACCUAUUUAGUAAUCUUCAGGUUAUUGAUAUUAGUAAUAAUAAAAUUGAAAGCAUCCCUAAAAAUCUAACAACCAUUCAACAACUUAAAUCAUUAAAUUUGGCACAAAAUAGAAUAAAUAGUGGAAUGGAUGUGUUGUCCAAAUUACCAUUACUUACAUUUCUUGACCUUUCUAAUAAUAACAUUAAAGAAUUUGAUUUUGGAAAUAUUUCACAAUUAACAUCACUUGAAGUACUUAAAUUAACAAAUAAUGAAAUUCAUACAUUUGAUUAUAGUAGUUUAAAGCCAUUAAAAUCAUUAAAAGAAUUUUAUAUUAAUACAAAUUAUAUUGAAGCACCUGUUUUUACUGAAACAACAAUUUGUCUUCUCUUUCCAUCACCGUUUUUCCAAUUAACACCUAACCAAAUUGAUGAACGUCUUUAUUUAGGGUCAUUAGAUUCUACAAGAAAUCGAGACAUUUUAAUAGAAAGAAAUAUUACAGGAAUCUUAUCAUUAGGAGUUAAAGCUAUUGUUGUCUCCAAAAAAAUCCAAGUUGAAUAUAUUGAUAUUGGAGAUUUAGCAAGUGAAGCAAUUGAUCAAUAUUUUGCAAAAUGCUUUUCAUUUAUGGAGACAAUAAUUGAAGGAGGUGGGUCUAUUUUAAUUCAUUGUCAUGCAGGAAUAUCUCGAUCUAGUACUGUUUUAAUAGCAUAUUUAAUGUACAAAAAGAUGUGGAGGUAUAAAGAAGCUGUUACAUUUGUUAAAAAGAAAAGACCAAUUAUAUCACCAAAUACAGGAUUUGAGAAACAACUUCUAAGUUUUGAGCAUAAAUUAUUUAAUAAUGGAGAAGUGGACAAUGACGGACAAGAAUCAGAAGAAUAA